UGAGAAGAAUGGGCUCCGUUUCAGAGAUGCUCACGGCAGUUCCCCUUCACCAGAGGCCUGAUCUUCUGGAACCCUGUGCUGACCUCAUCAAUGAAGAGUGGAAAAGGAGCAGGACUUCCCGCAUCCACUCCCUGCAGAGGUCCACCGAGGACUUUCCCAUGUGCCUGGUGCUGAUCAGAACUGCAAGGGCAGUGGAAGAAGCUGCUGAAGGGAAACCAGCCAAGAGCCCGUGCCAACUCCUGGGGCAUGCCAGGCUGUCCCGUGUGGUCGGCCAGCCUAAAAGCUUGUUUGUGGAGACGGUUGUGGUCUCCAAAGCUAUUCGUGGAAAAGGCUAUGGUAGGAAACUCAUGGAAGCUGUUGAGAGUUAUGCCAAGUCCCGUGGCUACAGUCUUCUGCACCUCACCACCCAUGACAAGCAGCAUUUCUAUGCCCACCUGGGCUACAAGUUGUCUAAGCCUGUUCAGUGUGCAGGAGUCAUGAGUUCUCUCGUCCCUAUGGAGUUUUUAGAGAUCUUCUCUCCCUCUCAGCAUGGAAGGGAACUCCCUGCAGGAUCUGGGAAAAACAAUCCAGGCUCAUCCUGUGGCAGCAAAGCUGGAGCAAAUCUCCCUUCGUUACCCCCUUCUGCCUUCCCUCUCUCCUCCUCUUUCUCCUCAUUAACUCCACCUCCCCCACCCCCUCCUUGCCCUCCUGACCCAGUAACUGUUACCGUCUCUCCCCCUCCCCAGUUAGCAGCUUUUCCCCACACUUCCUUUUCCCAGCCCAUUAAUGCUACAGUUCGGCCAUCCCAAUCAUCCUCUGUGCCUCUCUCUGUGAAUUCCUUUAGUGCCACAGAUCUUCCACCGCUGCCGCCACCUCCUCCUCCGCUGCCUCCUCCUCCUCACCCUCCUAAGCUUCCACCAGUGACCCAUUUGCUAGGCCUGCCAAGUUCCUGUAAAACUCCUGCCUCCUGUCCAUCAGAGGACAAAAGCCAGAAUCAGAUGUUUCUAGAAACACCAUAUCACGACCUCAAAGGGCAGCCCAUAUUUUGGAUGGAGAAGGACAUUUAAUCUUUGCAUCAUGUGCCGGUGUGAUGAAGGCAAAUGAUGAUAAUUGGAGGAGGGGAGAUGCUCUGGAAGAAAGCCUGGUUUGAACUUUAUGAAAUCAGAUGAGUAAGAGCCGUUUCUGAACUACUAAGCCAACAGAUUUGAUCUCUUUAUCAGAGUUCUUUUUAGAGAAGAGCCCAAAGUCAAGCCAUAUGAG